CGUACUUGAUAAAAGUUGGACAUUUCAAAAUUAGAAAAAACUCUAGAUCGAUUAGGUCUUUCUUAUUUAUUUUAAGUUUAUUAUAAUACUUAUAUUAAAUUGGUAGACCACGAGUACAUCACGCCAUCAUCAUGUUCCUUGGGAGUCUUAUUUUUACGGUAUUUUUCAUAUGUUACUGCAUGAGCACAACGCUGCUAGACUCGAAGGAAGAUGGCAAAGAGAUCCGGAUUCCGUUCCCGGACAGAGUCCUGAACUCGGUCCUGGGCCGAUUGGAGCGCAAUCGACAAGAGAGGAUGCAGGCAGCGGGUGUGGACUUGGAUUGCGACGAUCCUUUAGAAAUAUUGCCAGAAUACACCGAAUCUUUGAGCGACAAUUCCCGGGAACGUAGCUUGAGACAAAUGGCGUUUCCAUCGCAGAAGCAUUUUCCGAUUUGCCACUUGGAGCGGAAAAUAAGAAGACUGAACACAAUCGAGUACGAAUACCGACCAGCCUUCUACGAGGAGGUGCGAUGCGUCGAACGCUCCCCGGAAAACGACAUAAACAAUGAGAUUUGCUCCAGCCUCGGAUUCUCUUGCAUACAAUGGAACAAAACAAUACAUUUAACAAGAAGGAGAUACACAAGUGACUGCUGGGAGACCAAGACGAUGGUGAUUCCAGCUGGAUGCGAGUGCAUGUGGCCCGUGCACCGCCUCGGAGACAUGAAGGUCCAUAUACGGAGUCAAUAAAUAGACAAGAUAAACUCGGCAUUGCUAUAGGAAAAAAAACCUGAAUAAUUCAACUGAUUAGGCAUAAGUUUUAGCUAGCUCAUUACAUAGACAAUAGAAAUAUAUUAUGCAUAGGUAUUUACUUACCUAUUAUUGUAAUUAGUUUUACCCGUCAAUGGUUAUGAUUAUGUCUGUAAUAUAAGUACUUAAGUAAGGGUUUAUCAGACGCGUUGUUAAUUAUUUAUAUUCAAAUUUACUGUCACAUUAUACCUAUGUAGAUAAAAUUAAUUUAGAACUAAACUUAGUAGGUAGAUUUGUACCUAAGUAACUACUUGUACCUACCGAGUAAAAUACCUGGCCAUAGUACAGGGUACAGGGUAUCCUAGGUUUAGAACCAGGACCAGGAUACAUU